GGGCAGGCUGUGGAUCCUACGGAGCACACAGCGAAUGCCAAGCUUUUGAUUGGAUACUCGCAGUAUGCGGACCAACUGGACGUCUGAUUUCUGGGCCAGGGGCCGACAGGAGCUGGUAGCGCUGCCAAUCCUCUUUUGAGAUUUCAUCGUUCCAGUCCAGUCGCAAGCGGGGCACCUCACUUGCUCAAGUACCUAAGUGGCAGAGUGGUUACGGCGGUUCAGAGCAGUCACAUCGACAGAAUCCACAAACGGUCAAGCUCUGACAGAACAGAAGAUGGUGCCUCCGAAGGGAACGAUUCUGGUGACGGGCGCAAACGGUGGUCUGGGCAGCGCCAUUGUGAACAAGAUAGUCACCUCUACUGAGCUCGCAGGCUACCACGGUCUCUACACCACUCGCUCCUCCACCUCUGGGCUCUCUGCUGUCCUGGCUGCCGCCAAUGGAGAACAUGCCCACGACAUCCUCACUCUCGAUCUGGCCUCCUUGUCGAGCGUGCGGCGUACCGCAGAAGACAUCAACGCCCGUGUGGCGGCAGGCCAGAUCCCCCCCAUCCGAGCCCUGGUGCUCAACGCGGGCUUCCAGGACUUCGGAAAACAGCAGUGGACAGAUGAAGCCGAGGGCCGGCUGGACAUGACGUUCACAGUCAACUAUCUGAGCCAGUGGCUGCUGACCCUGUUGCUCGUCGGGAGCAUUGACAAGGAGAAGGGGAGGAUCGUCCUGAUCGGGAGCCAGUCCCACGAUCCCUAUGACAAGCGCAACGACAGGACCAAGGCUUUUGAGGGCCACGACAAGACCAUCAUCCACGAUAAGAGCAGCAUCGAAACCAUCGCAAAGGGCAAAUGGCCGUCUGGUUCCGACGAGCCUGGCUUCAAGGGCGGCUUCCGACGCUAUGGUGCCUCCAAGCUGUUCCUGGUAAUGAUGAUGCACUCUCUCCAGGGCCGCCUCAACCGGGACCCCGCCCUCAAUAAGAUCUGCAUCCUCGGUGUUGACCCCGGCACCAUGUCAACGGGGCUCCAGCGGCACUCGUCCUUCUUCAUCCGCGUCAUCUUAUUCGGGUUUAUUUUCCCACUCAUUGCCUGGCUGAGUCCGCAGGGGGACAUCAGGACACCGGAGCGCAGCGCAGGAGAUGUGGUGAGGGCCGCGUUUGAUAAUGGGUCGGGACUCGGCGAGGAGCCGAAAGACGUGUAUCUCGACGGAUCUGAACCAUUGGAGACGGGGGUUGAGUCCAAGGACGCUCGAAAGAGGGAAUGGGUCUGGCAGGAGAGUGUUCGCCUGGCCGGGUUGAAAGAGGGCAACACAGCUCUCGUCAACUGGCAGUGAUAUUGUAGAUUGCCAUCUGUCAAUGCGGUGCGGCUGCCAGAGAUAACUGUGUUGAAGCAACCCACAUUGAACUUGUUUCUGGAUUGAUGAUCGUGUCGCGUAAUUAGUGGGCAGUAAACCCUGUAGCAGCUAGCCUAGUAUUGAUAUAUAGUAUUGACUGGUCUUAUUGACUCAGCUACCGAAAAUAUUGAUUGUAGAUACAUAAUAUAAGAUAGGA